GUCGAUGUGGCGCGCUCCGGCGACCCCAGACGGCCCCGUCGACGUCGAAGGUGGACCAGGUGCCCGCGAGCCUGGAGCAGGUGGUCAGCGGCGCUCCUUCAAGACCCCUCAUGCCGUGCAGCGACCUCCCCGACGACCGAUUCGAGGGUUUUCUCGCCCACGCCCUCGGCGAGCUGCAGAGGAGCGUCUUGAGUGAGCACGAGCGCGUCGUGAAAGCGAUGCUCCAGGGGGGCUCUGGCCCCGAGCCCACUUUCCACGAGGCUCCCGCCGCACUUGGUCCCGAGGCAGUCGGAGACCAGGCGUCGCCGCGAAGCUGCGGGUCCUCGAUAGAGCAGGUGGUGUCGGAUUCCAGGAGGUCUUCGGAGACUGCACUCAUGACGCGCACGGCGUCCUUGAACAUUCGCACGGCGCCCAAGUCUCGCGAAGCUCUGCAGAAUGCCGACGGAUCCAACUCGGCACCCAUCAAGGCCGAGACCUGGGAAUCGUUGGCCACAUUCCUCAAGGUCGACUCGCGAGGGAGGUGCCCAAGAGAGGUCUCACAGGAGCGCCUCAGGAAGAGACGCGACGAGCGCCACGGGAGCGCCAGAGCCUUUAUGGGCCGGCUGGAGUCGCAGUCGCAUGAGAGCAUGCUAGGCACCAGGCGGAAGAAGCCCAGCGAAGGGGAUCCGAAGAUGCACCACGUACCAUCAGAUGGUCACAAUGGCGACUUCGCUCUGCUGGACAUCUGGCAGAGCGCGGUGGAUGUGAUGUCGAAGCAAGGCAGCGCAUGGCGCCGUUCUGCGAUGGCACGUGCAGUAUCAGACGGCUCGGCGUACACGGCGUCCACCCAGCCAGAGAGCAAGUUCCCCGAGGCCAAGGACGCGGGGAGGUCGCCGUGGAGGAACUUGCGGUGGUGGCUCAUGUCGCCCACAUGUAAGAGGCGGUUAGUCUGGGACGCCCUGUCAAUGCUCUGCAUCCUCUACGAUAUGGUCAUGGCGCCACUAGAAUUCCUGAACGAGAGUUGUCUUCAUCCCUCCGCCAGAUCGCCGUUGGCUUGGAUGAUACUGCUGUUCUGGACUCUGGACAUCCUCGCUUCCUGCGCCUCAGGCUACACCCGGCCGAAUGGCACUGAAGUCUACGAGCUCCGGUUGAUCUGGAAGCGCUACGCAUCGUCCUGGUUGUUGCCGGACGCGGCCAUGGUCGGUGCAGACUGGACGGAAGCGCUGGUUCACAACGAUUUGCCGACAGGGUGGCGUUUGCUCCGGAUGAUGCGGCUGCUGCGGUUGCUGCGGCUGAAGAGGUUCCUCUCGCUCCUGGUCAUGCGCAUGCAGUCGGAGCGCGCGGCCCUGGUGUUCGGCAGCGCCCAGGUACUUCUGGGCAUCCUGUUCCUCGCCCACGGCAUGGGGUGCUUGUGGGCUGGGCUCGGCAUGUCUGAGGGUGCCCAAGGGUGGGUCUACCAUGCCGCCGGAGGUGACGAGCUGACCAGCGGGCAGACGUAUUUGCUGGCCGUGCACUGGGCCCUCACGAACUUCGCGGGCACCGUCAACCUCGGGCCCCGGUCGUGGAGGGAGCGCAUUUACGCCAUAUUCUCGCUCGUGUUCGGCUUCUUGGUGGCGUCCGCGUUCGUGUCGAUUAUCACCUCCAACAUGACGCGUCUCUCCAUCCUCGCGAGCAGGAGGGCGGGGGAGUUCAAGGACCUGAACACCUACCUGCACGAGCGCGGGAUCUCUCGCAGCCUCAAGAGCCGCGUGCUCCUAAACGCGCAGCACGCCAUCGCGGAGCAGGAGGCGCACAUCCCCGAGGAGAGCGUGAAGCUGACGUGUCGGAGCAUCUGCGGCGCGAGCUGCACUUCGAGAUCUACGCCGACCACCUGUCCGUUCAUCCGUUGUUCGGGCUGCUGA